AAUGGCUUCAAGACAGUUCAUCUCCCACCGGGUUGGCUGCAAGAUGAGGGUGUUGGUCCUUUUGGUAGUGGGCCUUGUGGCUUUGGCGUCGGCCAGGCUUACGACAGAGCUCGAUGACAAUCUGCUUGGUACUCUGGACGUAAAAAAAAGGCAAAUCCUAAUCCUGAAGCUGCUGAACCACAUCACGGAACCAUGCAUGUACAAGGACAUUAUAGAUGUUGGCACAAACUUCAAGAUUGAAGAAAAUAUCGAUCUAUACACGAAAAUCGAUGUUGUGAAGAACUUUGUCCGCUACAUAAAGCUUGGAAUGCUUCCACGUGGUGAAGUCUUUACUCUUCAUGUUGACCGUCAGUUGAAGGAAGUAAUCUCUAUGUUCCAUAUGCUUUACUAUGCCAAGGAUUUCGCUACCUUCAUCAAGACAGCCUGUUGGAUGCGUCUUCAUUGCAAUGAAGGCAUGUUUGUAUACGCGCUCACCGUAGCUUGCAGACAUCGCGAAGACUGCAAAGGAAUCAUUCUACCUCCGCCCUAUGAAAUUUAUCCUUACUUCUUUGUCCGCGGUGACGUCAUUCAGAGGGCAUACUUACUAAAAAUGAAGAGAGGUCUCUUGGACCAAAAACUUUGUGACCUUUAUGGUAUCAAGAAAACAGACAAAGACGUCUACAUAAUUGAUGAAAACAUAUUCGAUCGCCGCGUCAAUCUUAACUCGGAGGACAGACUUCGCUACUUUACUGAAGAUAUUGACCUAAAUACGUACUACUACUACUUUCACGUGGACUAUCCAUUCUGGAUGAAGGACGAUGUUUUUGAGAAGCUCAGGACCAGGCGAUUUGAACUCACACUAUACGUUUACCAGCAAAUUCUUGCCAGGUACUACUUGGAGCGUCUUUCGAAUGGAUUAGAUGAUAUCAAGACUCUUUCAUUAGACAAACCUAUUAGAAAGGGAUACUGGCCAUGGUUACUGCUGCACAAUGGAGUUCAAAUGCCAAUGAGGCACAACAACUACGUUAUUCUCCGUGAUGAGAAUGUUCAGCUGUUAGGGUUGGUCGAGACUUAUGAAGAAAUCAUCAAGGAGGCCAUAAUUAAGGGUUUCAUUACUAUCAACGGAAUCAGGCUGGAACUUACCAAACCCGAAGAUGUUGAAGUGCUCGGAAAACUUAUAUAUGGUAAAGUUGAGAAAACGACUUCACUGACCACUUUGCAGGUUGAAGCCUACCGAUACCUGCUCAUCGUCUUAAAAUCUGUCUUAGGUAUCAAGACUUUCGCUGAAGAUAAAUAUUUUGUUGUUCCUACCGUGUUGGACGAAUAUCAAACUGCACUUCGUGAUCCUUUGUUCUACCAACUACAAAAACGUCUUGUGAGCUUCGUUCAACUCUUCAAAUUACGUCUGCCUUGCUACACCAAAGAGGAAUUAUAUUUCCCUGGAGUUAAGAUUGACAAUGUUGUGGUCGACAAACUUAUUACUUACUUCGAUGAUUACCUGAUGGAUAUGACUAAUGCAGUGACGCUAACUGAAGACGAAAUCAAGAAAACCACCUCGGAUAUGAAGAUCAUGGUACGCAAACGCCGCCUGAACCACCAGCCCUUUAAAAUCACUCUAGACAUAGUAUCCGACAAAGCUGUUGAUGCUGUUGUAAGGAUAUUCCUGGGACCUAAGGAAGACUAUUUGGGCCGCUUGAUUGACAUUAACAAAAACCGCUUGAACUUCAUUGAGCUAGACAGCUUCCUGUACAAACUAGUUACUGGUAAAAACACAAUUAUCAGGGAUUCCAAGGAAAUGCACAAUCUAGUCCGCGACCGCAUCAUGACACGUGAUCUUUGGAAGAGGAUAGAUACAAUCACUGAUGUAAGGGAUCUACUAGUCAAGGAUUUAAGGAACUAUCACACUGGAUUCCCUACCAGGUUGCUUCUUCCUAGGGGUCAUGUUGGUGGCAUGAGGAUGGUCCUGUAUGUGUGCGUAACUCCUUUGAGAUUAGUCGACAAUGUUGAUCUAAACAUUUUGGAUGUCAACCGCAAAGACUUAGUAGUAGACUACAGAUCUACGGUAUUGUUAGAUAAGAUGCCACUUGGCUUCCCUCUUGAUCGUCAUAUUGACGUGACUAGAUUCUAUACUCCUAACAUGAAGUUUGUGGACGUGAUGAUUUUCCAUAAGAAACAGACGUGUGACAUGAAGACUAGGUGGGAACGUUACGUGCUGAAGAACUACAACAUGUUGGAUAGGAAUAUCAUGGUAAAUAUGAACCUUGAUGCUCUCGAUGACCACUUUACGAAUGUGGACCAAGUCUUUGUAGACACUGAUAUCAAUACUAAGAUCAACCGCGACAUCAAUAUGCUGGAUGUUUGAACCCUGAACUGAUCAGUAUACGUAGAUGAUAUAAAUAGACUGUAGAAUAGAAAGUUGCAAUUAAAAAUGUUAAAAAAAAAUAAAAGA